AUGUUCUACAAGUCUGCAAUUAUCGCUUCCAAUGGAAAAUCCGAGAAUUAUCGAAGAAAGGUGGGUUUUUUCUAGACAAACACUGUUUCGAUUGAAAUUUUUGAGUUUUCAGCUCGAAAUAUUGAUGGGCAAUUGGAUUUCACUAUCAAUAACGUGGAAAACUUGGAGGAUUUUCGAUGAUUUUUGUGUGAUUCGAGAAAUAGAAGCGAUUGGUGAGUUUUUUGGGGAGGGAUUGCGGGAUUGACUUUUUCUAACCUAAACAAUUAUUGUUUAGCGCAAGCGUGUGAAGUAGGUUCUGGUUAUCUGCGAUUUUAG